GCAGAAAACACAACUCUUUGACUCCUAGAACAACUAUGUUUCCUUGUCCUGGCUGCCUGCAUGAUAUUGAUCUUGGAGAACGUGGUGUCAAUGGCUUAUUUCGAAAUUUCACUUUGGAAACAAUUGUGGAGCGACACCGACAGGCAGCCAGGGCAGCCAUAGCUAUUAUGUGUGACUUCUGCAAACCUCCGCCUCAAGAAUCCACAAAGAGCUGCAUGGACUGCAGUGCAAGCUAUUGCAAUGAAUGUUUCAAGGUGCACCAUCCCUGGGGAACUGUAAAAGCUCAGCAUGAGUACGUUGGACCAACCACUAACACCAGACUUAAAGUUUUGAUGUGUCCAGAACAUGAAAUGGAGAAAGUGAACAUGUACUGUGAAAUCUGCAGAAGGCCCGUCUGCCAUCUCUGUAAACUGGGUGGAUCUCAUGCAAACCACAGGAUAACAGCAAUGAGCACUGCCUAUAAAACUCUGAAGGAGAAGCUUUCAAAAGAUAUAGAGUAUCUCAUCAGUAAGGAGAGCCAAGUAAAAGCUCACAUCUCACAGCUGGGUCUUCUGCUGAAAGAAACAGAGUGCAAUGGGGAAAGAGCUAAAGAAGAGGCAUCUCAGAGUUUUGAGAAAUUAAUUAAUAUCCUGGAGGAGAAGAAGUCUGCAGCUCUUAGGGCAAUUGAAGUGUCUAAGAAUAUAAGGCUGGACAAAUUGCGAACCCAAGCAGAAGAAUAUCAAGGUCUCCUGGAAAAUAAUGGCCUUGUAGGAUAUGCUCAAGAAGUGCUUAAAGAAACUGAUCAGUCCUGUUUUGUUCAAACAGCAAAACAACUUCACGUCAGAAUCCAAAAAGCUACUGAAUCUCUGAAGAGCUUCCAGCCAGCAGCUGAAAGCUCUUUUGAAGGUUUUGUGGUGGACACAACCAAGCAAGAAGUGAUCCUUGAUGACUUAUCCUUCUAUUCCAGUGGUCUGGAAGUACCAGAAAUCAAUGAGGAGCAAUGCAGAAUGUAUAACAAAGCUGUGAUCAGCUGGGAGUCCUCCAAGAAGACAGACUCUGCUGAUAUGUACGCUCUUCAGUAUCGCAAGCUUAGUAGAGAAGAGGAGAGUGUGAUGUGGCAGGAGGUUGAAGUUUGCAGCAAGAGCAAAGUCAUACCUGAUCUUGAUGAAGACAGUAGCUACGCCUUUAGAGUUCGAGGAUACAAAGGGUCCAUGUGUAGCUCGUGGAGCAAAGAAGUUAUUUUGCGUACACCUCCUGCUCCAGUUCUUAGCUUUCUUUUUGAUGACAAAUGCGGGUACAACAGUGAACGUCUCCUGCUGAACCCAGAAAGAACGUCUGUGGAAAGCAGGGCUGGAUUUCCUUUACUGCUAAGAGCUGAACGCAUGCAGUUUGGAUGCUACACAACCCUGAAUUACAUCAUUGGUGACACUGGUAUUGCCAAAGGGAAGCACUUCUGGGCUUUUCAUGUGGAAGCUUAUUCUUACCUGGUAAAAGUGGGAGUUGUUUCUAGCACCAGGAUACAGAAAUUUUUCCACAAUACACAUGAUGUGACAAGCCCAAGAUCUGAACAAGACAGUGGUCAUGACAGUGGGAGUGAAGAUGCCUGUUUGGAUUCAUCACAGCCUUUCACACUGGUCACUGUGGGCAUGAAGAAGUUUUUCAUCCCCAAGGCAGCUGCUGACCCAAAGGAAGCUGCUGACCCCAAGGAUGCAGCAAGAAGAAUCCUUCCCCUGCCCUCCUGCUUGGGGAUCUGCCUUGACUGUGACAAUGGCAAGGUGGGCUUUUAUGAUGCCAGCCGCAUGAAAUGCCUGUAUGAGUGCGAGGUGGAAUGCUCAGGCAUAAUGUACCCAACAUUUGCCUUAAUGGGUGGUGCAGCAGUUCAUCUCAAGGAAGCCAUCCCAGCAAAGUACGUGGAAUACCAAGAUGACCUGUAGGUUAGUGCUCUCCUGUUGCUGUUCUGAAAUUAAAAAUAAGAGCAGAAGCAUUUCACCUUUGUUUUCAGUCCUGAUUCAAAUACAGUAUACCUAAGAGCUGUAUACGAGACUUUGGGUCACACUUCUGUGUUGCUUUGUUUGUUUGUUUGUUUCUUUGUUUGUUUGUUGAAUAGUUCAGACAUUUCCAACAAAAGGAAAUGUUCUUCCAGGAACUCCCCUGCCUUUCUUGUGAUCUGUGUGAUGAUGAUCUCCACAAACUUUCCUCCUAGGGAAGGUGGGGAGGAAGUUUGACUAACAACCAAAAUUACUUUUCAGGGAUAGAAAUCUGCCUUUUAUGUAACAUAGAUUCUCAUGUAGUCAGUUUUGAGUUUAACAGACCAAACUGACAGCGUAUGAUUGCCAUUAUUCUUUGAGAUACCUGUCUUCAUGCAUCUGCAGGAUCAAAAUUGCACUAAUAGAAUAAAAAGCAGUGAGAAAUGAAAACUGCAGGUGAACAUUUAGGCUGUGUUUGGAAGGAGGAGGUUAAACUAGAAACUUAAUUUCAUGUAAGUGUAAUGUAACUGUAAGCUGAAACUAGUUCUAACGCCUGAUGUAGAGUUGAUGGUAUAAUUGUAAGUUCCUGUACUGUUCCAGGC